AUGACGAAAUCCAAAGAAAACCCCCACGAUUUUGUCUUGGAGCAGGUCCACGAUAAGAAAACACGUGACUACACUCGUGAGCGGAACGCGGCGGCAUGGAAAAACCUUCUUUCGGUGCAAGCCUACGUGACCCGAGAACACGUGUUGGGCUUGUCGAAAAUCACGUGUUCCGACCCCAACAGGCUCGUUGUGUUCGCCUUGCGGGCCAAACGGCCAAAUGCAGAUAUUCUCUGCUCGUGUGAGCUCUUAAUCAGACAAUCCUGGAGGUACGAAAAAGACGCCUGCGGGAACGUCCAGCGAAAAGACGUGUUGAGCGGCUGUAUAGGAGGAGUGUAUACAUACGAGGAACACAGGGGCCGUGGUUUGGCCACCAUCAUGAUCGACAAGUUGGUCGAAACGGCAAAGACUGACGCGUAUCUCGGCCCCUCCGGCUUUACUUUCCUAUACUCCGAAGUGGGCGAGUUCUACGUGCGGAACGGCUUCAAGUCUUUCCAUGUGGAUUUGCUCAAUCUCCCGCUCUCGUACACAGGGCUGAAACACGUGUUGCAGCCUGGAUAUGAGCUAGUCAAAUACAAUGAGUUUGGCGAUUUGUUUGAGCGCUACAACCAGCAUUUUGACCGUGAUAUGAGACGCCAAGUCCAGGAGGACGGGCUCGUUCGGAUCUCGGUCAACCCCACAGCCGACUAUGUCGACUGGUUCCACAUUCGAGCAAAGUACUUGGGGCUCACCUUAUUUGGAGACAAUGCGCCAGGCAUCGACUUCCACAAAGAGUCCUUGGACACGCUCGCCUCCAAGUUCAAGGCCACAGAGCCGAUGUAUUUCGGCAUCAAGUCCGUAUGUCCCCAAACGGGCAGGUUGCGGGGGUUUCUUGUGUGGCAGUACGAGUACGGCUUCAACGAAAACGAGAACCGUUUUGAAAACUACGUGACUCUUGUCAAAAGCUUUGUCGGCGACGACGCCUCAGACCCCGAUAAGGUGGCCUUGGCACUCAUUGAGCAAUUGAAGGCUUACUUGGAGGCUGAGCACAGCACGCCACAAAUGUCCAACUUCCACAAGAUCGUGAUGUGGGAGUCCGAGAUAUCUCCGGCGGUCAAGACGUCUUUGAUCAACAAAUUCAACUGCACUCAUGGGCUCGAGAAUUCUUCCAGAAGCGCCAUUCUCUACAAUAACGAAGCCGACGAUGAGAAGUUGAAGCUGGGCAGCAUGAUUUGGGAGAACAACACCAAGUUGCCGUGGUUUUGA